AUGGGGCCCCGAUCUCACUCGGGGUCUGCGCGGUGCCUGGCGGAAUGGGGCCCCGAUCUCACUCGGGGUCUACGCGGCGCCCGGCGGAACGGGGCCCCCGAUCUCGCCCGGGGUCUGCGCGGCGCCCGGCGGAACGGGGCCCCCGAUCUCGCCCGGGGUCUGGGUGGCACCCGGCAGAACGGGGCCCCCGAUCUCGCCCGGGGUCUGCGCGGCGCCUGGCGGAACGGGGCCACGAUCUCGCUCGGGGUCUGGGCGGCGCCCGGUGGAACGGGGCCCCCGAUCUCACUCAGGGUCUGGGCGGCGCCCGGCGGAACGAGGCCCCGAUCUCGCUCGGGGUCUGCGCGGCCCCCGGCAGAACGGGGCCCCGAUCUCGCUUGUGGUCUGGGCGGCGCCCGGCGGAACGAGGCCCCGAUCUCGCUCGGGGUCUGCGCGGCCCCCAGCGGAACGGGGCCCCCGAUCUCACUUGGGGUAGAUGGCAAGAAACAAAAAAUGGACACGUGGAUAUUCUACCCGUUGUUAGGAGAGAUCACAAAUCCAUCCCCACCUCUGGAAUCAUCCUGGUUAUAUAGUAAUCGGUCUGUGUGUGGAGAUGAUACCAACACAGCAACUUCUUUCCAAUACUGCACAAAAGAAAGGGCACAGAUAACUCUGUCUUACUCUGGCAGUGGCCCAGAUAUGUUUAGGCUAGUGUCGAGCAUCCUAGAGGAGGCACACAAGCCAGAACCAGUUACAGAUUGGAAUUCUCUGUUGAGAUUAUUUCCCCCUAUGUUGGCAUCUGACACUGGAAACAAUGGUGACUUGUCAGGUCUGUCUUCUGAGCACCGUUUACAAAGUAAAGAUUUUCCAAACCCGAGUGGCACACGGAACUGUUACCAAGGACACUUGCGAAAGUUAUCUGCUGUGGAGACUUCACACAGAGUAUUUGACAACCUUUAUCUUAUAGAGUCUUUGCUUUCUCCUUCUGACCCUUCUACUCAGCCAUCUGAUGAGAUCUUGAACAUUUAUCCUGAAAAUUCUGCUUUUGAAAAUAAUGCCAUCAUUCAGCAAGAAGAAUUAGCGUUUCAGAAUGUACAGUUUAAUCAGCAUGUGUGCAAUUAUCAUAAGAUGAACUUAAAUGGAGACCGUGAAGAGAACUGCUCUGAUUUUAGUUAUUAUUCUUCUCAGUUUAGAGUUAAAGAUGGCACUGGUAUUCAGAAAGAGUAUCGGGAAACUGACCGAGCAAGAGGCAACCCUAUGAAAAAUGAAAAACAAGCGCAAGCAAAGUACUCCAAUGAUUUGUCUAGUCCACCUACUAAUGGCACAUGGGGCAAAGUGUUCCAGGACAAUCAUUUGGUUUCUAAAAGAUAUGAAGAUUUUACAACUUCUCGUAAAUCACAGCCAUCUAGUUACCCACUGCAGUAUUUUUUCAAUCAACCAUUUACUAAAGAAAAUCGUUUUUCUGGAGGAACAAAUAGAAACCCACAGGAAGCUCACAUGCAAAAUGGCCAGAAUCGCUUCAAUUUGGGGAAAACCUGUAAUGACAUUGAAUAUGAGAGCCGUAUUAAUCCUAAAGAAUGUUCUCGUAAAUCUUGUGACUAUCAUUUACUUCUGAAGACUGCUCUACAACAUAGAAAUUUUCAUUCGCCUUACCGUGGCCAUACUUCACUGGAUGAUAAAAGACCAAGUCCCCCAUCUACAUCAAACCCUUCUUUUAUUCCUUCUUUCCCAUUAAUACAACCCCAGAAGCCGGACAUGUCCGUGAAAAUACGGACGUAUGAUAACCCUAGUCAUAUGCUCAAGGAUUAG